CAUCACCAAUUCUUACUUUACCCAUUCAAAACAGACCAAAAUUUCUUCAUCUUUCACUAUAUCUUCGUCUAUUUCUCUCUACUGUGAAUGCGCACUCUACUCUUUUCUCCUUUCUCUCCCCUAAACUGAAGAAUCUGCGAGAUUUUGCUACUGGGAAUUGGACAAAUCAAUACACAGAGCUCACGCAUAGCAAAAGAGAGAAAAAGAUCGUUUUUUUCGGCAGAGUUCUUCAAAAGCUGAGCCCCCUUUGCCAUAUUUAUGGGGUUUGAGGGUUUACAGCUUCUGGGUUUUGUGCACCGCCUAUAAUGCGGCGAGUUUCGAGGCUUUUGCAGGGGUCGGAGCCGAUCAGGAGAGCGGCGGAGAAUUGAUUCAAUUGAGGUUGUUCAUGUGAGAAUUCGUCGUUUAAUGGAGUUGAGGGUUCGAUGUAGCCGAUGCGCUGGAGAGGUUUCUUCACUCCCGAGAUUUGAACUGAAUCUUGCUGGCAUUUGCCUCAAGAUAUUAUUGGUGUUGCUUCUGUUGGAAGCUGCUUUUGUAACAACCGAAGGAUUCCAAUCUCAAAGGAGAGUACUUGAUAAAGACAAAGAUAACAUACUAUCACAUUCGUGCAUUCACGAUCAAAUUAUCGAGCAAAGGAAGAGACCUGGACGCAAGGUUUAUUCCGUGUCUGCUCAGCUCUAUGUUGAGCCUGAUCAUUCCAAGUCCCUAAAGAGAAAGGGACGUGGACUGCUUGGUGUUUCUGAAUUGCCAGUGUGGCAUACCGAAGCUAAGCAACCCAUUAGAAUUUACUUAAAUUAUGAUGCUGUAGGGCAUUCUUCAGAUAGGGACUGCCGGAAUGUGGGGGACAUUGUAAAGUUGGGGGAACCAGCUGGAGCCUCUUACUCUGGUGGACCAUCUUGUAACCCUCAAGCGGAUCCUCCUAUUUAUGGGGACUGUUGGUAUAAUUGUACACUAGAUGACAUAGCUGAGGAGGACAAGAAACUUCGUCUUCGCAAGGCUCUUGGGCAAACAGCAGAUUGGUUCAAAAGAGCGCUCUCUGUUGAGCCUGUGAGGGGGAACUUGCGGUUGAGUGGAUACUCUGCUUGCGGUCAAGACGGAGGUGUGCAACUUCCUAGAGAAUAUGUCGAAGAAGGUGUAGCCAAUGCAGAUUUAGUUCUCUUGGUUACUACAAGACCAACAACUGGAAACACACUUGCUUGGGCUGUUGCAUGUGAACGAGAUCAGUGGGGUCGUGCUAUUGCUGGGCAUGUGAAUGUUGCACCUCGGCACUUGACUGCGGAAGCGGAGUCAUUACUUUCAGCUACACUAAUCCAUGAGGUUAUGCAUGUUCUUGGAUUCGAUCCCCAUGCCUUUGCUCACUUUCGAGAUGAGAGGAAAAGAAGGCGUAUCCAGGUAACAGAACAAGUCAUGGAUGAAAAAUUAGGACGGAUGGUAACAAGAGUGGUGCUUCCUCGAGUUAUAAUGCACUCUCGCUAUCACUACGGGGCUUUCUCUGAGAAUUUUACCGGUUUGGAGCUUGAAGAUGGUGGUGGGCGCGGUACAUCAGGAUCUCAUUGGGAGAAAAGACUUCUAAUGAAUGAGAUUAUGACGGGCUCAGUUGAUACAAGAUCGGUUGUUUCUAAGAUGACACUCGCUUUACUUGAGGACAGUGGAUGGUACCAGGCUAAUUACAGCAUGGAAGAACAUCUUGACUGGGGCCACAACCAGGGAACUGAGUUUGUUACUUUGCCCUGCAAUCAGUGGAAGGGUGCCUAUCUCUGCAACUCGACACAGUUUUCUGGAUGUACAUACAAUAGGGAGGCAGAAGGCUAUUGUCCUAUUGUAAACUACAGCCGUGAUCUUCCGCAGUGGGCUCGCUACUUUUCACAAGCUAAUAAAGGCGGUCAGUCAUCAUUGGCUGAUUAUUGCACGUAUUUUGUAGCAUAUUCUGACGGUUCAUGUACGGAUAUUAACAGUGCUAGGGCACCUGACAGUAUGUUGGGUGAAGUGCGGGGAAGUAAUUCAAGAUGCAUGGCCUCAAAUUUAGUACGUACUGGGUUCGUUAGAGCGUCGACUAGCCAGGGAAAUGGUUGUUAUCAGCACAGAUGUUUAAACAACUCAUUGGAGGUUGCGGUGGAUGGACUUUGGAAAGUAUGUCCUCAAGCUGGUGGACCCAUAAAAUUUUCUGGCUUUAAUGGUGAGCUGAUCUGCCCUGCAUAUCACGAACUCUGCAAUGUAAAUCCAGCCCCUGUAUCUGGUCAAUGUCCUAAUUCCUGUCGUUUUAAUGGUGAUUGCAUUGACGGAAGAUGUCAGUGCUUUUUGGGGUUUGAGGGUCAUGAUUGUAGCCAGCGAUCUUGCCCUAACAAUUGUGGGGGUCGAGGCAAGUGCCUUAGGGAAGGUGUUUGCAAUUGUCAACCCGGGUACACUGGAAUUGACUGCUCUACAGCCACUUGUGACGAACAAUGCAGUCUUCAUGGUGGGGUCUGUGACAACAGUGUCUGUGAGUUUCGUUGCUCUGACUACGCUGGUUACACAUGCCAGAACAGUUCCACGCUCCUCCCAAGUCUUUCAGUGUGCAAAUCUGUCCUUGAGAACGAUAUGUCGGGGCAGCAUUGUGCACCUAGUGAGCUAAGCAUCCUACAACAGCUAGAAGAAGUUGUCGUGAUGCCCAACUACCAUCGUCUUUUCCCUGGUGGCCCACGUAAGUUUCUAAAUUAUAUCAGAGGCAGAGAUUGCGAUGGAGCUGCCAAACGAUUAGCUUGCUGGAUAUCUAUUCAAAAGUGCGAACGGAAUGAGGACAACCGGCUACGAGUAUGCCACUCUGCAUGCCAAUCGUACAACUUAGCGUGCGGGGCAUCACUGGAUUGCUCGGACCAGACCCUAUUUAGCAACGAAGAAGAGGGGGAAGGUUUAUGCACGGGGUGGGGUGAACUGAGUUCGUGGUUAUGAUUAUAUUAAUCCCGCGAGGUAGGAUUUCCCGUAAGGGAGUAUGUAAAUUGUAGGAAGCUUUAGAGCUAUCCUUUUUUUUUCUACAAUAUCGCCAUAUAUGGAUAGGCUGUGUAGGAAGAAAAAAGAGCAGGCACAUAUUAAGGUGCUUUAGUUUAGAGUUUCAUUUUUCCCACCCCAAAAAAUUGUUUAAAAAAUGAUUGGGAGGGAUUGAUAUCAAGUUUUGGCUUUCGAAGAAGGAAGUCCAGAUGUAAAAAGUGAGUAGAAAAUUGGAGAAUGAGAUAGCAAAUGUUGCUUGGCUGAAGGCUUUUGUGAAAUCUAAGUUUCAAUUAUUGGUCC